AUGGCUAGUGCUAAUGUGGAAACGACACAGGGUCUUCCUAAGGCAUUUAAGGUAUGUAAAAACAUCGUCAAAAUAACAUAAAGCUGUUGCAUCCUGCUGGAAUUGUUUACACGGCUUAAUUAUAAACCGCUAGGCUUUGGUAGUUCGCAUUUGGGAAACGCUGGACCUAUUUUGAACCCUCAUCCUACUUGGUUCCUUAAAGCUAUUUCUUUAAUGUAAUUAUGAAGCAACUUUUGUAGAUUAGCCAUGAUCUUUGUGGAAAAAUCUGUAACAGAACGGUUGACUGAUUUGAAAGCCCCUAGUAAUGUUUUGAUACUUUGGUGUUUAUUGUGCUAAAUCGAGUCACGGAGUACCAUGUAAAAUGUCAUAUCUCAUUAACCUUGCCUUCUAUAUCUGUACGGUUAGUGCAAAUAUAGAGUUCUGAGUUUUAUGGUGAAAUUAACUUGAUUUAUCAUGGAUAUGUUUAUAUGGUUUGUUUAUUUAUAGCUAGCUGACAUUUCUUGACUAUUUGAAAUGUUUUGGUUAAGAUUACAAAGAAUGUAUAUAAUUGUUAUUGUUUUUGUAAGCCUCAUUGUGUUUGAAGAGGGUCCACAAUUGGUACUUGAAAUCUCAAUUCUGACUUAAAUGUUCUUUAUACCUGUUGCAUUCACAUCCCGCACAACUUGUUGACAAUUCUCCUAGUUCGUGUUAUCGAUUUUUCAAUUGAAUUGCAAACGUUUCACUGCAUUCAAAAUCCCAUACAACUCUAUACCAAGGCGUAAAAAAAUACCUCCUGUUCCCGACCGACCCUAUUUUUUUCUGCUGACCCUAUUAUUUUUUCAACACGAUUGACCGUGCGACCCUAUUUUCUCCGGUUCUCGCGGGCUGCUGCCAAAAUGAUGUCUGUUGUCACACUAAUUAUUGAAAAAACCAUGAAAAAAAAUAUUCAAAAAAAAAAUUAUUUCCGACCUACCGACCCUAAUUGGGUCGUUCCAGAAAAAUCCAUACUCCCCCCAUGGUGGAAAUUUCUGCUGUCCGGAGGGGGAGGGGAGAAAAUAUGGAUGUUUUCUGGAAUGACCCUUUUUUGCGAUAUGAAACCGGAACCACAGUGGCCGUUUUUUUACGCCUAAAUGCAAAAUUUUUAAAAAUAUGUAGCUCACAUCCUGAAUGUCCAAACAUCGUGAAAUUUUCAGUACCGGGUGUAGACUAAUUUGAGUAUGACGAUUUCAAUCCUGAGGUCCAUUUUUGGCAAAGAUCUGUAGAUUGUGAGAUGACAAAUUGAUGAUGUCAACUCGGAUUGGAGAAUACAGUAGGGUUGGAGUGUGGAUCUUUCUAGAACGACCCAUUGACGCACAUAGUAGCAAUACUAACCGUACAUACCACAGGCAAAGGUUGAGGAGCGAUGUACCAUGAUGUGAACCCCCUCCUCAUGCCUUAUCAAAAUUUCCAUGAUUUCUGGAGCUUUUCAAGUUUGUUGUUAUAACAACCCCCUUAUCACUUUUAAUGUCGUUUAAUCCAGUCCUAAUGUAAUUUUCUUAAUGCAUUAACUAAAGGUAAUUUCUGUGGCAACAGCAAGGCCGAAUGGAAAUGAAUCUGGAUCACAUGUCACUUCACCUACCCAAAUACAAAAAGUAUCGCUUGUGAAGUUGGCACCGUUGGAGAAAACCAAUGCUUCUAAAACGUUGC